CUUUUGCGCUUCACGGUGAAACGCAGAGCCCGGGGCAAGCGGUACGGAAGGCGCGGGGGGCCAGAACAGUUCGGGAGAGUCCCCUUCCCUAGCAGGAAGUGGUCGUGAUCGCCCUACACAAGCUGCUCUGUGGCCCCCAGGAGACUUGGCAGUGACCCCGGCCUUCCCUAAGGGAGAGAACCAUCAGACACCUCAGAAGUUUCUGCAGGCGGCACUUCUGGUAUACGCAUCAACUAUGCCGAAGUGUGUGGUGAAGGCAUGUCCUCACGCUACGGGCCAGAAGACCGCAUACCCAGAUAUCAGUCUCCACGCGUUCCCGCGGAAGAUUCCACAGAUGCAAGCCUGGCUGCGCCUAGCUGGCAUGGACGAGGAGAUGGUUAAAGACUUUACUAAGAUGAUCCUCGAGGACAAGCGGUCAGACAAGUUUCGGAUGUGUUCCGCCCACUUUACCGAGGACUGCUACACCAUGAAAGGUGUCCGGAGGGCUCUCAAAGAAGACUCCAUGCCGACCAUAUUCCCCAAAGAGGUUCCGAUCUUUGAUGAGACGCUUGAUCCGUGGGUGAGGAGGAACAACAGGAGGGCCAGGAACGAAUUCCUCGCCAUGGAGCUCUACGGGGAACGUUAUGCAAGGCAAAGGAGGUGCUCUUGUGAUUGCCACAGGCAGAGUCACCUAGUGGACACGGCCACUCAAACGGACGCAGUCUUUAUUUUAGCCAUGGUGCAACAGGUGCCCUAUACGAAACUGGCAAACCACAAGAGCAUCACUAUGGACCAUGAGUACACCAGGAGUACGGAGCUUGGGUUAGCAGGGUCAGUGCCCAUAACGACAACACAGAAGACCUUCAUCCCUCGCAUUGAAUUCCGACCAGCUGAAGACAUUCAACGGGAGAUGAAAUCAAGACAAAGUGAGAAAAUUGAAGCAGACACCCCAACUGUGAAGAAUGUUGGUACUUCCCCUUCAUCUUAUUCAAACACAGAGGACGUAAAUUUCUCAAACAUACAUAUUAAAGAGGAACCCCUCUCAGACGAAGAAUAUCCUCUGGACAACUCCAUAAAUGGUAUAGAACAUCCAUCCACUCCUAUCAAAGAAGAACCCUGCGAAGAAGAACUGGCGCCAUUCGAGAUGGACUAUACAACUGUUGUCGUCAAUGAUUGCCCCAUGUCCUGUGAAGACCUCACGUGUCCUGAAGUCUCCACGCCGACACACCAGAUGAAGGAGGAACUGCUUUCAGAGGACGAAAAUCUCCUCCCAUCUGCACGUCACACAUGGCCUACAUCCAAUCUGAAGAAGAAACGCCUUUCCUCCGAAGGACAUCUAAUGCCGCCUGACACUUCCACACCUGACCCCCAACCGCGGCACACGUCGAAGAAACAGGCCGUGAUCAGCGAUUCGCGACCGAGUAAUAACUUCUCAGACGGUCUUUCUCACUUUGAGGGACCUUGGCCAAACCCUACCAAUCGCGAAUCCAUGGAGAUCACCGUGACGGUGAACAACUGCUCCAAAUGUGAGGAAAGCUUCACCAGCAACGAGGAACUUCUGCUACACCAACGGAUGUACCACCAGGAGAAACUCGCGAGCGUCCGUUCUGAGCCGGCGCAGGAGAUGAAUCCAGAGGCGGCUGUUCGAAGGACGACUCCGUUCAAGUGUCAGUACUGCGGGAAGGUGUGCAAAUCUUUAAAUUUCCUGUCCAGGCAUGAGGAGAUCCAUCAGAACAAAACCUACACCUGCUCGGAUUGCGGGAGGUGUUUCACCAGUUCCAUCGGCCUCACGGUCCACCAGAAGACCCACAAGGUGGUCGAGAAGGUGGUCGACUACACCAAGUGCAGGCAGGCCUUCCUCAUUGACUCCAACCUAAUUCUACAACAGCAGGUCCGUACGGCUCAGGUAUCCAUCAUCUGCUUCGAGUGUGGGAAGGUAUUCGAGGUCAAGCAAAGCCUCAAGGAACACGAGUCUUUACACGAGGCCAAGACCAUUUACCGCUGCUCUGAAUGCCAAGGCCGCACCAAGGGCCCCAUCGAUGGGAGAAAGACACAAUUCCUCAGGACUGCAGAAGACGUUCUACCGCAGCAGAAUGGAUAUUAAAUUGGCGGUAUGAGCACAAAAUUGCAGAAUUUCUUUGCGCCAAGUGGGACUGUAUUUCACGUCCACUAGAGCGGGGGUGGUCCAAACUUUAUAAACAGAGGGCAAGAGUUAUGUCCUUCAGACUGUGGCCGGUGAGAGUGGAAAAUGCCCUGCAGUCAAUGGGAGUAAACAAUGCCCCAUGAUUGGUGUCAGUGGAAGGAAUAGUGCCCCAUUGUUGGCAUAAGGGGAAGUAUAG